CGCAGCCAUAACUUUCAGUAGUUUGUUGUGGAUGUCGGCUCGUGUGUGACUCCGCGACGGGUUUAAAUCCCCUCAAUGGCGAGGAGGGAGUGCUGCGUGAAGAGUUGCGGUCGCAGCUCGCACGACUUCCGCGGAAAGAAGCGCCAGAAUGGCCUUACUUUCCACUGUUUCCCCACCUGGAGGACGAACGAAGGCACCGGCGUCUCGGAGCUGACGAGGCGGCGGCGGAGCGCCUGGGUGGCGGCCGUGGCCCGGGAGGACCUGUCGUUCAGCUGCAUCCCGUCCUACAUGAGGGUCUGCUCCAGGCACUUCCACUCAGGUAAACCAGCUUAUGAGAAGCUGGACUCGGAUCCAGACUGGGUCCCAUCUCUGCACCUCGGUCAUGAUGGAGGGGAAUCUACACGGGCCGAGCUUCUGUUGGAGUCAAACUGGAAGAAAAGAAAAAGGCUGUCAACACAGAGAAAACCAACCGAGGUGUCCGACGCUCCUCCUGCACGAUUACAGGCAGCAGAAGAUUGUGUUGUCGGUCGCAGGAAUGCAGCAGAACCUUCGUGGAGAGAACUUAAAUCCGGGCUGCGGUCUCUUCUGAAGGCUAAAUCAAACUUAAGCCAGAAAACUGGGGAGGAGAAUCGUGACGAUCCUGCUGCGGAGACGGCAGAUGUCAGCUUCAGAGAGUUCUUCAGAAGUGCUCUGGAGGCGUCUCUGGAGGCCUCUAUCAGAGCUAGAGCUCAGGCCAAGAGUCAGUCCUCAUCUCAGGUCAACGUUCCACUGGACUUGGAGCCUCUGGAAGGAGCGCCUGUGACAUGUGAACAGUCUUGUUCUUCCUCUUCCUCCUCCUCCUCGUCCUCCUCAUCCAUCUCUUGUCUGAACUGUGUCCGUCUGGAGAGGAGGAUUAGGGAGCUCGAGGGGCAGUUGUUUGCACUUUCGCUGGAACAGCAAUACGCAGCGAACUCAGAGGCUCCAUUGAGAGCAGACGAGAUGCUGCAGGACCCGAGGGAGGACGAAGAACACUUUCAGUAUGAAUUGAUAGAGCAUCGCUCGCCCGGUGAGAUGGUUGUCUAUGAUGAAGUACAGUACGAAGAUGAGGUGGAUUUGGGUUCAGAGUCCAGUUCCUCUACCCCCACAAUGUCCCCCACAAGGUCUCCCACAAGGUGUCCCACCAGGUCCGACUCAUCCUCAUCCUCCAGCCCAAAUGAGAACUUAUUUGUCCCAAAGGCACGCAUACUACGCUUCAAGGAGGAGUGGCUCAUCACGUUCCCGUUCCUCCGGUAUUCCCCCUCCCGCAAUGUCAUGUGGUGCCAUGUGUGCCGCGUCCAUGCAAACGAAUUCCAGCGGCGCCUGGCGUUGAUCACAGGCUCCAGGGACUUCAAGAAGGACAGCAUUGUGAAACACAGCAACACCCUCUAUCAUCAAAAAAACCUGAAGCACUACAGCUAUGAAGCAGCGCUUUAUAGCUGUGAGGCGACGGCUUCAGCUGACUACCAGCUUGGAGAGGACGACACAAAACCUCCAUACCCUCUUGAACUCCCUUAAACCAGCUGCUCUGAGCAGAGCUACAAAAACAUGGUUUAGACUGAACUUUCUGUUCUUUAUCUCUGCUUAUUUUGACCAAAUCCUUU